AUGCGGGUGCUAAAGAAGCUAAAUUUGGAUUGGGGCGCUGCAUCAAAUCAGAGAAUGAGUGGCCUGAAUGAACUUGAUGAGUUUCACCUAAAAGCUUAUGAGAGUGCAGCCUUGUACAAAGAGAAGAUGAAGAAGUAUCAUGAUCAAAUGAUUGAAAAGCAAGAAUUUGUUGUGGGUGAUCUUGUGCUUCUAUUCAACUCUAGGUUGAGCUUGUUUCCAGGAAAGCUCAAGUCCAAAUGGACUGGGCCAUUCUUAGUCACGCAAGUGCUCCCACAUGGAGCGGUGGAUCUUGAAAACAGUGAGGGAACAAGAUUCAAGCAUAACGUUGUCGGGCAAAACAUAGGUUGGGCAUUGAAGCACCAACUUCUUGAAUCGCAGCCAAGUUUAAUGAAUUGGGUCACCCUCCAACCAGUUAAAGCUCUGAAUGCUGUCCUGAAGAUUCAUCAUCUUCGAAGGAAGGAAAAAUUGCACUUGAAAUGCGGUGACCAGCUCAUCCCACGAAGUGGUUGA